AUGGACCCGCGGGUGAGUACGGUGGUCACUCGAGAACCGUUCUCCAACGACGACGGUGAUAUAUUCUUCGAGGACGACAUCAGUGAGUAUGUCCUUAUUGGUGACAAUGUCAGCGAGAGUGUCUUCAUUGGCGACAACAUCAGCGAAGGUGUUUUCACUAGCGACAAUGUCAGCGAGGGUGUCUUAUUUAACGACAACGUCAGCAACGGUGUCUUCUUUAACGACAACGUCAGCAACGGUGUCCUUAUUGGCGACAACGUCAGCGGCCGUGUCCUCUUCAACGGCGUCGCGUGGCCGGCCGACAACGCGACGUCACGAUCGAGUCACGUGAUGGCGAGCUUCGCGAUCGGACUCACUCUAUCGCUGAUCAUCUUCUUCGCCAUCGCCGGUAACCUUCUCGUCUGCGUGGCCGUCUACAGCGACCGUCACCUGCGCAAACGCGGCAACCUUUUCAUCGUGUCUCUCGCUCUCGCCGACCUUCUCGUGGCGACGUUGGUGAUGCCGUUCGCGCUCACUAACGACCUGCUCGGCUACUGGAUAUUCAAAAUCGGCUUCUGCAACGUAUGGGUGUCGUUCGACGUCAUGUGUUCGACGGCGUCCAUCUUGAAUCUUUGCGCCAUCAGCAUCGAUCGGUACAUCCACAUCCGCAACCCGCUGCGAUAUUACGUCAAGAUGAAGUUGAGGACGGUCCUGUUGACGAUCGGAGGCAUCUGGCUGGGUUCUAUACUGAUCUCCUUCAUACCGAUUAGUCUCAACUGGCACAUGUCGUUCGUCGUGCCAGCCGACGAAAACGCGACGACGACGGUCGCUGCUGCCGACGACGCGCCGCCGACGUGUGCCUUGGAAAUGAAUCCGACUUAUGCGAUCGUGUCGUCGUUGAUCAGUUUCUACCUUCCGUGUAUCGUCAUGGUGUGGCUGUACGCGCGUCUGUACAAAUACGCGCGCAAGCACGUGAAGACGAUCAAGGCGCUGUCGGUCGCGCCGCCGACGUCGCUUUCCGCUGCCGACGACUGCACGAGAAAACUGACGAAUUCUUCUCUGAACAGCAGCAGUCAGGGCACGCGCGAGCACAAGGCAGCGAUCACAGUCGGCGUCAUCAUGGGCGUGUUCCUGCUCUGCUGGAUGCCUUUCUUCUGCAUCAACAUCGUCGUUGCCUGUUGCGAGGAGUGCGUGCCGAAGACGCUCUGGCUCUUUCUCACCUGGCUCGGCUACUUCAACAGCAGCAUGAACCCGAUCAUCUAUUCGAUCUUCAACACCGAGUUUCGCGAGGCGUUCAAGCGGCUUCUCUGCAUUGAUAAAUGCGCGGGGCUGGUGAAUAGGUCGUCGACACACGUCGGCAGCAUGAUCACCGACGCGACGAUACACUACAGUCCAUCGGAGGCGAGUCGGUUUCUCUAUCAGGACGAGAAUGGACGGAAGCAAUCAUCUUCGACGAUUCUGAACACGAUCGAAAUUACAACGACGAUGUAA